UUUUUGUCAGUAAUUUACUAAACUAGUUCCGAUGAAUCCUCUCCUGCUUGGUUCUGAUAUUGCGGCCUUGAAUAGCGUCGUCGCAGCCGCUAUAUCAACCACUUUCAAGUAUGCAUCCAGCGUUACCCACGCCAAAAAGGAGCAGAAAGAAUUCUUGGACGAGCUCUGUGCUCUAAAAAUACCGCUGGAUAAACUCCUAAGCGCCAUAUCCAACACCAAUGUCUCGUCACCAGAUUGCUCCGAUGUAGCCAAGGCACUCGGCCCCCAGUUGUGCCGCUGUAAAAAGGAUGCAGAAAAAUGGCAGCGCAUGAUUGAAAGGAACAUUGAUUCAAAAAAAGGAAAAAUUAUCUGGCCUUUUCGGAAACCAGAACUGGAGAAAAUGAUUCAGAAGUUAAAGGAGUAUCAAGUAGUGUUUAACAAUGCGCUUGCAAUCGAUAUGUGGUAGGGACUAACUUCGAAGCCAAGAUAUAAUUUAUUUCGUCUAUCAAUGUUUUGUUAACUUGAUUUCAGGAAUUCAAUGGCUCUCAUUUACUCUAAAGUCAGCACUUUAUCAGAGAUUCAAGAAAAACACCAUCGAGGUAAAAUAUAAGCCUUGACAUCUCGGCUAGAGUGACAUGCUGACCUUGAUUUAGAUGAGAAAAGCAACAAGGUUAUUGACUGGCUAGCAAAGUGUAGUGGCGACUAUCAAGCAAAAAAUGACCAAAUAAAGGAGACCAUGGUGCCAGAUACCGGUUUUUGGUUCU